CUUCCCCAGUCUUUUCCCUCCACAAUAGAGCUAUGCCCUUUCCUGACUGCGUUGUGGCCCUCUCCAUCAUUGCUCCUUUAGAACUUUUAGAUCUCCUCCUUCCUCUCCUCUCCCCUACGCUCCUCUCUCUCUCUCACCAUCCUUCCAUCUCUCUUGCUCUACUAAAAGCUCUUUGUCCAAUUGGCUAGUGGCCAACUUUCCCAAAAGCCUUCAAGGGCAUCUCAAGUGGAGGGCCUUGGCUUCCAGUAUAUACUCCAUUGCCCUUUGAGCCUUAGAUUGGUCUCCUCCUCGUCACUCUGGAGAAAUCAUCUAAAGAUCGCUUCUUGCUGCCGGCUCCAUGGUUUAGGAGCCGAAAGAUGUGUUUUUUAGAUGGUAGACACACUCUUUGAUCCUCUCAGACUCUUAGGUUCGUCCGAUGUAGGGGGGACAAUGGGUUUUUGACGUUUUUUGCAGAUUUUAUUUCCUGGACAUUUGAUCUUGAUCAUGCAAAUUAGAGAUCAGUUUGAGGUGGGCCAAGCAAGUAAACUUUGUUAGGAAAGAAAAUUUGCCUAAUGAGGCACUCAGACACCCAAUGCCGUCACUCAGGGUCAACACAAUCGGAUGAAUCAGCCUUGGACAUGGAGAGAAAUUUAUGCAAUCAUCUCCACUCCUAUAGUACAUCUCCUAUCCAACCUAUUGCAUCAGGUGGUCAACAUUCUGAAUGUGCUGCUGCAUACUUUUCUUGGCCGACCUCUACACUGUUACAUGGUGCUGCUGAAGGCCGAGCUAAUUAUUUUGGGAACCUUCAGAAAGGAGUACUGCCAGCACAUCUUGGCCGGCUUCCAAAAGGGCAACAGGCCACAACACUGCUUGACCUCAUGACAAUAAGAGCAUUUCACAGCAAAAUUUUGCGUCGUUAUAGUCUAGGUACAGCAAUAGGCUUUCGCAUCAGAAAAGGUACAUUUACAAAUAUCCCAGCAAUUCUUGUAUUUGUUGCUCGGAAAGUUCAUAGAAAAUGGCUCAGCCACAGUCAGUGUCUACCAUCUGCUCUUGAGGGACCAGGGGGUGUGUGGUGUGAUGUGGAUGUGGUAGAAUUCUCUUACUAUGGUGCACCAGCACCGACUCCUAAGGAGCAACUGUAUAAUGAGCUCGUGGAUGGCCUACGUGGAAGUGAUCCAUGUAUAGGUUCAGGUUCUCAGGUUGCAAGCCAAGAAACAUAUGGAACUUUAGGUGCUAUUGUGAAAAGUCGAACAGGUAACAAACAAGUUGGUUUUCUCACAAACCGCCAUGUUGCAGUUGAUUUAGAUUACCCUAACCAGAAGAUGUUUCAUCCUUUACCACCUAAUCUUGGACCUGGGGUCUAUUUGGGUGCUGUUGAAAGGGCAACAUCUUUCAUCACAGAUGACGUUUGGUAUGGGAUCUAUGCUGGAACAAACCCAGAAACUUUUGUGCGAGCAGAUGGGGCUUUUAUUCCCUUUGCUGAUGACUUUGAUGUGGCCUGCAUCACCACUACAGUGAAAGGAUUGGGUGAGAUUGGAAAUGUUAAGGUUACAGAUCUACAAUCUCCAAUCAACAGCUUAAUUGGGAGACAAGUGGUGAAGGUUGGGAGAAGCUCUGGUUUGACAACUGGCAUUGUAGUGGCCUAUGCUCUAGAGUAUAAUGAUGAAAAAGGAAUAUGCUUCUUAACAGAUUUCCUUGUUGUGGGUGAGAACCAACAAACAUUUGAUCUGGAAGGUGAUAGUGGGAGUCUCAUAAUUCUGUCAGGACAAGAUGGGGAGAAGCCACAGCCUAUAGGGAUCAUUUGGGGUGGAACAGCCAACCGUGGAAGAUUGAAGCUUAAAAGUGGUCAAGGUCCUGAGAACUGGACUAGCGGAGUUGACCUAGGUCGUCUUCUUGAUCUUUUGGAACUUGAUCUUAUAACUACAAGCGAAGGACUUCAAGAUGCACUACGGGAACAAAGAUUUGCUUUAGUAGCAGCAAUCAAUUCCACAGUUGACGAUUCAUCUCCUACAGCAUGCACCUUUCCAAAUGAAAAGAUGGAUGAGAUAUACGAACCUCUAGGCAUUAACCCUCAACAUUUUCCUCCUGAAGGUGCUUCUGGUUCAGAGAUCAGACCCUCUUUUACAGGCGUUGAAUUUCAGGUGGAUACCAUUGAGGUGGUAAAGAAUGUUGAAGAGCAUCAGUUCAUCCCAAACUUCAUCAGCAUGUCCCCAGUGCGUCGGACUCAAGAAGACAGCCCAGAAAGGAAGAACUUAUCUGCACUUGGGAACUCAUCUGAUGAAGAUCUUUGUGUUUCUCUAUAUUUAGGGGACCGAGAACAUAAAAGACAGCGUUCUGAUCCUAAAUUGAACACUGAUUUAUCACAAUGAAGUAGAUCUGAUUUUGUGGGGCUGAUUAUGUAGCUGCUAACAACUUCCUGGUAGUAUUUCCAUAUGAUAUGCAGUUGCAGCAAAUGCAUGCAGAGGAAGCUUUUUAGGCUUUGAACAUGAGCUGAAUUUUCAAAGAACUAGUCUUUGCUUUGCAGAAGAGAAGCCAGAGUCAGCAUUCUUUCAAACUGUCUUUACUCAUGACUAUAGUUCGGACGUGUUAUGGAUUAGCAGUGUGCAAGGUCAGUCAUCCAACUACUCAGUGGCCAUGCAAUUUUGUAUGUUCAAAUGAAUUACAGGUGUCUUGACCCUGAAAUAUAUAUGAGACAAUGUCAAUGGAUAUCUUUGAGUCUACCUUCUUAUCUUAA